AUGGGUAAAGGAAGACAGAAACAGUCUUUCAAUGAUUCAGAAAUAACACAAAAACCUACUUUGCCAGUGGAUGAAGUUACUGAGGACCCAGAAUUCCAAGAAGCUAUGAAUUACUUAAGAAGUGUAAGAGAAGAAUCAAAGUUAAUAACAUCAUGUAUAAUUCAUAAAAAUGAAACAGAGACUGAAAAAGAGGAUAUAAAGACUAUAGAUAUUUAUGAUAACAAAAGUAAUAUAGAAAACAAUGGAUCUGAGAAUUCUUGUCAUUACAAUGAGUUUGAUUGUUUAAUCAACUACAGUGUUUCUGAGAACUUAUCAAUAAUUAGGAAAGACCCGGCUUAUGAAGAAUGUAAAUCCAAAAUAAUUGAUUAUAUACUUUCACAAAAAGAAAAGGUUUCAAAUCUAACGGAAGUUCUACAAACUGAAGAGACUAUUUCUGCUUCUAACUGGGAAGAAAUCAUUAAUUUAGCACAAAAUCCGUGUAUUACUUUAGGUAAAUGGAAUUCUUACAAUUGGUCCAGCUUACUUGAAUAUUUUGCUGACCAAUUUGAAAAAAACACCUCAGAUUCCUUCAUAUUGGAUACUAAUAUCAUUCAAUGGGUCACUCUUGCCCUUAUUUCUCUGCAUGUAAUUGACUCAUAUAAUCCCCAUGUAUCACAUUGCAUGCAAAGAAUCAAAAGAUUCUUGGAAUCUAAUGAUUUCUCACAUUUAACUAAAGACGACUACUUUCGUAUUGAAACCAUUAUUAUUAUUAUUAAAUACGUUUAUAAUCAAUUUUAG